AUGGCCAAGAAAGCGAAGUCCCGUGUCAUGAUCGUCCGGCUCUUGUCCAUGGCCGCGACUGGUUACUUCUACACUGUUAAGCGUCUCCGAACCGCAACACCCAUGAGCUUGCUGAAAUACGACCCAAUUAGUAAUGCCGACCCCUUUCUCUUCGUUCGGCGGAAGGUGCUUUUCUUGGAGCAGAAGAAGAAGGGAAAAUGA